AUGGAGGCUUCGACUUCCAGAUUGGGCUUCAAGCCGCCACCGCCGUCGCCGCCGAAACCGAAGAAGAAACGUAAAACUACAAUCCUCGCCCUUAAUCACGAUCUUCUCUGCAUAAUAUUCGCCUCUCUGGACCUGGUCCAGCUCGUCCGCUGCUCAGCUGUCUGCAAAUCAUGGACCUCAGUGAUUGACAAACUCAAGUUGCUGCAACUAAAAUUCCAUAAUCAGCAAGUUAUGGGUUCGGUCAGUAGUCUUCCCGAAACAUCUAUUUCCGCAGGAAAAUCGUUGAACUUUCAGAUGGAGCAGCUGGCUAUGGAACGGCACAGAUUCUCAUUGCGUGAAGGCCCGGCUAAUGUUUUUCAGUGGAAAGGCCAUUCUGUUGGGGUAAGUCGAUGCCGAAUGAAGACGGGAAUGAUUCUUACCGGUGUGGGUGACAAGUUGUUGCGGCUCUGGUCUGCGGAAAGCUACAAGUGCUUGGAUGAAUACAGGCUUCCUGAUAAAGCCCCUUUGAUUGAUUUUGAUUUUGAUGAGAAUAAGGUCGUUGGUUUGGUUGGAACUCGCAUAUGUAUAUGGACACGCACAGGGACAAGAAACAUUUUUUCCUCGCGUGAUGGUAUGUUUACAAGGGGGCUCUGCUUAUGCUACAUGGAUCCAGAGGCUAUGGUUGGCUGUGAAGAUGGGAAAGUUCGCGUCUUUGAUAUGUACAGUAGGAGAUGUUCCCAAAUUAUUAAGAUGCAUGCUGGAUCAGUGACUUGCUUGUCUCUUACUGAUGAUCAAUUGCUCAUUAGUGGUUCAUCUCUUGGAGGUAUUUCAUUAUCAGAUCUUUCAUCUGAUCAACAAGUGAUGACAUUGAAGUCGAAUAGUUCUUCAGGUGUAAAGACCAUGUGUUUGAACCCUCGUUCCAAUUUACUGUUUGCUGGUUCAACAGAUGGACAUUUAUCCUGUUGGGAUAUUAGGUUAACACGUAGUAGACUCUGGGAGACGCGCUUGAGUUCCAACGUCCUUUAUUCAAUCAAUCACAUGAGGAAUGACACAUCAACAAUAGUUGCUGGUGGGAUAGAUGGUGUUCUGAGAAUUGUUGAUCAGGAUACAGGGGAAGUUUUAUCCAGAUGCGUUAUGGAUGAUAGUAGCCGUGUAGUAUCCAGUCAAUUAAGGGGAGGUGGGAGUCAUCAAGUCACUGAAAAGAAGGCGGUGAGAAGGCUCUCGGAUGAUGAGCGCAUUUACCUUAUGUCUGCAGCUCCCAGGCCACCUAUUACAUGUUUAUCUGUAGGAAUGCAGAAGGUUGUGACGAUGAAUAAUGACAAAUGUGUUAGGGUGUGGAAAUUUUCUCAGUAA